GGAUUUUUGAAUUACUGGGUUUAAGAUAUCAGGAUAAUCAGAAAUUACCAGGAAUAACAAUUGUGUACAAAUAUGGUGGCUUUCAAAGGCGUAUGGACUCAGUCUUUCUGGAAAGCUGUCUCUGGAGAAUUUAUGGCUAUGCUUAUUUUUGUUCUUCUCAGCGUUGGCUCAACAAUAAAUUGGGGUGUGGAAGACAGUCUUCAGCAAGCAGAUGUUGUUCGCAUAUCUCUUUGUUUUGGGUUCAGUAUUGUUACUAUGGUGCAUUGCUUUGGACAUAUCAGUGGAGCUCAUAUCAAUCCUGCAGUGACCAUUGCAUUUGUAUGUACAAGGAAAAUAACACUUGCCAAGUCAAUAUUUUACAUCGCUGCACAGUGCUUGGGUGCCAUUACUGCAGCUGGACUUCUGUUUAUCAUAACGCCUGUAAAUGUGAUCGGCACCUUAGGAGUGACUGCGCUGAAUGAAGGACUUUCUGUUGGGCAUGGACUUCUUAUAGAGAUUUUAAUUACAUUCCAAUUAGUUUUUACAAUUAGCGCAGCUUGUGAUUCAAAGCACAAAGACAAAUUGUCUACACUAUCAAUUGGAAUUUCUGUUAUGGUUGGCCACUUAUUUGCUAUUAACUACACAGGAGCAAGUAUGAAUCCGGCACGAUCCCUUGGCCCUGCUGUCAUCAUUUGGAAAUGGGAAAAUCACUGGAUUUACUGGGUUGGUCCGAUUAUUGGAGCUGUAUGUGCUGGAGCUGCUUACGAUUAUAUUUAUUGCCCUGAUUCUGAACUCAAGCAGAAUUUUAAAGAUGCUCUUAGAAAGGCUACACAGAAAACAAAAGGGACAUAUAUUGAAGUAGAUGACACCAGAAGCCAGCUGGAUGCAGAAGACCUAAUUCUAAAAGCAGGAGCAAUUCAUGUUAUUGACAUUGACCAGACCGAAAGGAAAAAAGCCAAAGAUUCAACUAGUGAAAUAUUAUCUACCGUUUGAAAUCUACAA